AUGGGAGCUCCAACUCCAAAGCGUCGAAAAAAUAAAGUUAUAACAGAUGAAAGUUUAAUUAAAUUAUGCCAGCGUUAUGAUGAAGGUCGUUUCGAUAUUCCAUCAUGCUUAAAAGCUGCUGGACUUAGAUAUUUUCAGCGUCCACCAAAAAAUAAUCAUUAUGGUGAUGAAAAUCUUGACUCUACUAUAGAAAAACAUGAUCUUAAUGAAGCAUUUUCAAGAACUUUUAUAAUAACAACAAUGAAACGAGAAACAACAUAA